AUGGAGAAGGUUAAGAAUAGCAAGAUGGCGUACUAUGCGGACAAGUUGGCUGUGGAAAGCGAGCCGGGUCUUACGAACACUCAGUUGAUGCUCGCCAACUACGACCUCGCCCCCGUCGAGCCCGCGCGCCGCCAAUGGCGCGGCCGCAACUUCGUCGCCUUCUGGAUCGCCGACUCCUUCAACAUCAACACCUGGAUGAUCGCGUCGGCCAGCAUCCUCGACGGGCUGUCGUGGUGGCAGGCCUGGCUGUGCGUGUGGAUCGGGUACGCGAUCGCGGGCUGCUUCAUCUGCCUCACCGGACGCAUUGGCGCGACGUAUCAUAUUUCGUUCCCUGUGGUGAACAGGGCGUCGUUUGGGAUCUGGGGGAGUCUGUGGCCGGUGCUGAAUCGGGCGGCGAUGGCGUGUAUCUGGUAUGGGGUGCAGAGUUGGAUUGGUGGGAACUGUGUGAGGUUGAUGAUUAGGGCGAUCUGGCCUUCGUGGGAUGAUUAUGAGACUGGGGGAUCGAAGAAUACUAUGCCGGCAUCUUCGGGGACGAAUACGCGCGACUUUGUGUCGUUCUUCCUGUUUUGGGUCGGGUCGCUGCCGUUUUUGUGGUUCCCGGUGCAUAAAAUCCGCCACUUGUUCACCGUCAAGGCCUACGUUGUUCCGACCGCUGGCGUUGCAUUCUUCAUCUGGGCGAUUGUGCGCGCCAAUGGCAUUGGGCCCAUUGUCCAUCAAGGAGCGAAAGCGGAAGGCAGUGAGCUGGCAUGGGCCGUCAUCAAAGGAAUCAUGAGCUCCAUCGCCAACUUCGCAACCUUGAUCGUCAACGACCCCGACUUUGCCCGUUUCGCCCGCCGGCCCAAGGACGCGCUCUGGUCCCAACUCUUGACCAUCCCCUGCGGCUUUGCAUUGACCAGCUUUAUCGGCAUCAUCGUCUCUUCCAGCUCCACCGUCAUCUUCGGCGACCCCAUCUGGAAUCCCCUCGACCUCCUCCAAGCAUUCCUGGACGAGAAAAACGUCGGCGGCGCAACCCGCUUCGGCGUCUUCGUCAUCGCGGCAGCCUUCGUCCUGGCCCAGCUCGGAACCAACAUCGCCGCCAACAGCGUCUCCGCCGGCACGGACAUGACCGCCCUCCUGCCGCGCUACCUCAACAUCCGCCGUGGCUCGUACAUCUGCGCUAUCGUCGGCAUAGUAAUGUGUCCGUGGCACUUACUGGAGAGCAGCAACGACUUUACCACCUACCUCUCGGCCUACAGCGUCUUCCUGUCGUCGAUUGCCGGCGUCAUGAUCUCGGAUUACUACUUUGUGCGCAGAGGGUACCUGCAGACGCGCGAUCUGUACUCGGCGCAGAAGACGGGGCCUUAUUACUACACGUUCGGUAUCCAUUGGCGAGGCUACGUGGCGUACAUCUGCGGCAUCCUGAUCAACGUCGUCGGGUUCGCUGGGGCGGUUGGGACGCCUGUGCCGAUUGGAGCUACUUACAUCUACAACCUCAAUUUCUUCUGCGGCUUCAUCGUGUCCUCGGGGAUCUACUGGCUGCUCUGCAAAUUCUUCCCUAUCCCUGCUACGAGCGAUGUGUGGCACGAGGUUGAUGAAGACGCUACGGGGAGGAACAACAGUUUGGUCUAUGGCGUUGACUCGUACGACUCGGAGUAUGGGGUACCGCAUGAGGAUGUCAAGGGGACGCCGAAGUCGGAUUGA